AUGGGUUCUGUCACAGAAUCAAGUGAGGCAGGCAGCUCGCAAGCGUCAACAUCAAUGCUAGCUGAAUCCGAUGUCGACUUGUCUGACCACAAGAAGCGCUCACGACCAAAGUCCAUCUAUCAGGUUGCUCGACCUGCUUCCAAUGUCGGACUCAAAUGCAUGUGCUUGCGUCAGAAGCUGCUGCUGCAAAUUCAACAGUUAUCCCAGACGAACCGGCCGCUGCCGAUCUUAGAAAUCCUGCCGUCCAGAAAAUAUGUUCCUUGCCGGGCUCGAAAGUCUUCGGCCUUGUUUAGACGCAAAAAGAGCUUUGGACCUAAUGAUUUCGUCAUCACCACGAGCGAAUAUUGCAGUCCUGCAGCAGCAGAAUCGAGAGAUGCUUGUCAAUUUACAGACAGUGGGGACGAGUAUCACCGAAGUGUUGUAGCUACGAUAUCAACGGCAACUAUGCAAUUGAGGGGUGAUGCUUUGAUAUGUCUGGACUCCGGCCCGAUUUGGGAGUCGAAAAAUACGGCUGGCGGCUCUUAUGAAUUCGUGACUCAUUCGGAGCAUGGUGUGCAGGUUGUGCGAUGGGCAUUACGAAGUCAGAGGAAGCGCCCAGUAUCGUCAUUGGCCCCGUCGACUCCUCAGCAGCCAUUCGAAGGAGGCAAGCGGUUCACUUUCAGCAUUCUUGACCCUCGCACACGGCGACAUCCUGUAAUUGCGUCCAUGACGGGGAAUAUUCUAGAGGUCUAUCAUGAAUACACUGCCACAGAUGGACCUACCUUCAUGCCAAGGCCCUCAUCCCCUACACCCACUCAAAUAGACGACCACAGUGUGAAUCGCCGGCUAAAUGCAAAAGGCCUCGUCAUCCUUGACGAUAAAUUGCAUUCAUUCAUUGUCAUCACAGCUAUCUGGGUCGCUUUAUGUGAAGAUUUGUUUCCAGGUUCGGUGUCCUGACUUGGCGUGAAAGUGCCGAUACCAGGAGAAUUGGCUCACAUUGAGGCACUCCUUCACGCAGCCUGUAUAGUACCAAAGAAUCAUCCUAAUAUAUUGUUAUCCUGCG